GAGGCGGAACCAAGUUGCAGUUAUGGGCCGCAGACUCUUCUCGGGCCUUCUGAAACUCGACCAUCUCUGGACAGACGAAUUUCGCUUCUGCUGCUUAGCCCGAGAAGUGCGGUUUUGCCAUCCUCCUCCCGACGAAUUCAGUUCAUGUGAGGACCUCAUGACCAACAUAAUGCUGCGGGUAUGUGUGUGGGUGUUGGGUACCGUCGCCUUCUCGGGGAACCUGUUGGUGAUUGUGUGGCGUUUCAUCUACCAUCAUGAUAACAAGGUUCACUCAUUCCUCAUCACCAACCUCGCUCUGGGUGACCUGUGCAUGGGCAUCUACCUGCUGAUCAUAGCCGCCGUCGACGUCAACUACCGAGGCGUCUACUUCAUCUACGACGCCCUCUGGAGGACCUCGUCUCUGUGUCAGCUGGCGGGCUUCCUCUCGACCUUCUCCAGCGAGUUGUCGGUGUUCACUCUGACAGUUAUCACGCUGGAGAGGUUCGUUGUUAUCAUCUUCCCCUUUCGCGUCAGUCGACUAAACAUGAACUGGACGAGGAUCAUAAUGGGCGUCGUGUGGGCGUCUGUGGGCGUGCUGGCUGCUCUCCCGCUCUCCAACAUCCACUAUUUCAGGAAUUUCUACGGGCGAUCGGGUGUCUGCCUCGCCCUUCACAUCACUCACGAAAAGCCGAGUGGAUGGGAAUAUUCUGUGUUCGUGUUUCUUGCGCUGAACCUCGUCUCGUUCUCGGUCAUCGCGGCCUCGUACUGGGGUAUGUACCGGGCAGCCAGCACCACCAGCGCCGCCGUCAUCAGGAGUGACCAGCAACGUCGAGACUCCAACAUGGCCAAGAAAAUGACCCUCAUUGUUGUCACUGACGCCGCCUGCUGGCUGCCGAUUAUUCUCCUUGGUUUUGUGUCACUGGCCGGAGGUCGAAUUCCCCCUCAGGUAUUCGCGUGGGUGGCCGUGUUCGUCCUUCCCUUGAACGCUGCCGUGAACCCUCUGCUGUACACGCUCUCGACGGCGCCCUUCCUCGGCAAAGCAAGGGAGAGAGUGCUCGAUGUACGCCAUUCCUUCAAGAGGUCGGUUAUCCGGCACACCCUCUCCUCCACCACUGCAAUUUCCACCAACAGCAAUAUUGCACAAGACCUCACUAUCUCAAUCCAAUAA